UAAGUCCAACCCAAGUCUAGUCAAAUGAGUUAAAUCAAGAGUUGCCGGCUUUUAUUUUAUUUGUUUUCUAAGAAUACUUUAAAUCGAACACUAAAUCAAUUUGAGGUUGUUUGUGCUUCUCCAGAAUAUAUUGCUUGGUAUUGUAAUGCAAUGAAGUACAGAAAUGGAUGAAGAAGAUGAAUACAUCGAAGAGACAUGGACUUAUAUCGCAUUGUGUGGUAAACCAACGUUAUACGAAGGGCUUAGAUUUGCAAAGGACCUAAUAAUUGCGAAUGUCGCUUUUCGCCUUAUCAUACAAUAUGUCAGUUUGCCGCACAACGUUCGUCACAGUCUUUCUUUGGUGAUUGGCAGCUUCCUCCUAUACCACAACAUCGGGCCGGCAAUCAUCUGGACGAUUGGACUAGCAGCUAUUGCUUACAUUCUAAUAGUCUUACUGUCUCUUAUAACUACAAGAUGGAGAGGAUGCCUUACAUCCAUAUUGGUUAUCUCUUUUCUCCUAUCAUGUGAGGUUUAUAUUGUAAAUCCAAAAAUGUGGCAACAAAUAAGAGGUGUACAAAUGAUAGCAGCUAUGAAAGUAAUAUCUGUUGCUAUAGAACUAGACAGAGAUCUUUUUAAAAGCAUGUUGAAUCCAGUAGAAUUUGGAGGAUAUGUCCUUUGUCCUGCCAAUUGCAUCUUAGGCCCAUGGAUAUCAUUUCAUACUUAUAAUCAAUACCUCGAUGUAAAAUUCUUAUGCAGGAGAUGGUUUACAAUUAUAUUUGUGCAUCUUUGUUUGUCAAUGUUGUUUUUAGUGUUGUCAAAUUGCAUUGUACCUUGGUACAUUGAUGAUGAGGCACCAAAGUGGAUAGUAGCAUAUAGGGACGCUCAGGCAUUUAGGAUGUCACACUACUUUGUAUCCAGCAUGUCAAUAGUGUCAAUGAUCAGUGCUGGAUUUGGACUGACCAAUGACUGUCACUCUGAACUUCAAGUAACAAAACCAUUCUUUAUAGAACUGCCCAGGUCACUAGUUCAAGCAGUCAUUUUCUGGAAUAUACCAAUGCAUCAAUGGCUGAAAAAUUAUGUAUUUAAAACUUGCCAAUCUUAUGGUCAUCUUUUGGCUAUCUUUGUUACUUAUGCUGUGUCAUCUUUAUUGCAUGGCUUGAAUUUCCAAUUUUCGGCUGUGCUCCUGAGCAUAGGCACAUUUUCUUAUAUUGAGUACAAUUUUCGGCACAAAGUUGCUGCAGCUCUGGAAGUCUGCUGUUUAGCAAAUCCAUGUGUGAAGCAAUGCGAUCACAAGUACAAGAAAAACACAUUUUUGGCAGUUUUUAUAAACACUUUAUUUUCCCUUAUAACCAUUAUACACCUUGCUUAUUUAGGAGUCAUGUUUGCAGCAUCAUUCUCUCUUCAGGAAACUGGUUACUCAUAUUACCACACUAUAAGCAAAUGGGAAAACCUUAACUACUUUAGUCAUUGUUUUGCCGCAUUUAUGUAUGUAGUAUAUUUAAUGAUGUGAUAGACAUCUGGACUAUUUUUGGACAUUUUUUUUGUAAUUCUGAUUCCAAUUUAUACUUAGUUCAAUAAGUUUUAAGUCUUUGAUAUACAUAGUUGUAAUUCUAUAUAGCUCUCUCUCAGUAUUAUUACAUCUUUAGGUAAUUUUAGAAUCUUUUUUUUCAAUAAUAAGACUAUUGAGUAGUGAUUUCUUCCAAGUAUUUACAAAGUUUCAUGCACAUUUUUAAAAAUUUCUGAGAAGUUCUGAUGCACAUGAGGUGGUAAGAUUGGCAGAUUUUGAGCAAAGGUUUGUGGAAAUAAUUAUAAACAAAUGCUUUAAUAACAGGAUUAAAUGAUUAUAUACUAAAUAAAACUUGUCUUAUAGCUAUAGUAAGCAAACUAAAAUUGUAAGAAAUAUUCAUUGAAACAUUUUAAAAUCAUAAUAUAGUAUAAAAGCAAUGGGACUUACUCGAACAUUGCACUCAACCCCUGAUGAAGACCAUCAAGUAUGGUUGAAACUAGUCGGACCGCUUCAGACUAAAAUACUAUGUGAGUAAGUCCAGUUACUAUAAUGUGUGAUAACCAUGUUAGUUUUCAUAAAAAAAUCAUAAUACUGUAUUACAACCAUUUUAUUGUGUCAUCUAAAAUACUAAAGAACUUACUAUAUAUUUUGUCAGAUGUGCGCA